AUGUGUAGGAGGAAGAAAAAGAAGGCCAAGAAAAACAAGGCCAAGAAAAACAAGGCCAAGAAAAACAAGGCCAAGAAAAACAAGGCCAAGAAAAACAAGGCCAAGAAAAACAAGGCCAAGAAAAACAAGGCCAAGAAAAACAAGGCCAAGAAAAACAAGGCCAAGAAAAACAAGGCCAAGAAAAACAAGGCCAAGAAAAACAAGGCCAAGAAAAACAAGGCCAAGAAAAACAAGGCCAAGAAAAACAAGGCCAAGAAAAACAAGGCCAAGAAAAAGAAGGCCAAGAAAAAGAAGGCCAAGAAAAAGAAGGCCAAGAAAAAGAAGGCCAAGAAAAAGAAGGCCAAGAAAAAGAAGGCCAAGAAAAAGAAGGCCAAGAAAAAGAAGGCCAAGAAAAAGAAGGCCAAGAAAAAGAAGGCCAAGAAAAAGAAGGCCAAGACCAAGAAAAAGAAGACCAAGACCAAGAAAAAGAAGACCAAGACCAAGAAAAAGAAGACCAAGACCAAGAAAAAGAAGACCAAGACCAAGAAAAAGAAGACCAAGACCAAGAAAAAGAAGACCAAGACCAAGAAAAAGAAGACCAAGACCAAGAAAAAGAAGACCAAGACCAAGAAAAAGAAGACCAAGACCAAGAAAAAGAAGACCAAGACCAAGAAAAAGAAGACCAAGACCAAGAAAAAGAAGACCAAGACCAAGAAAAAGAAGACCAAGACCAAGAAAAAGAAGACCAAGACCAAGAAAAAGAAGACCAAGACCAAGAAAAAGAAGACCAAGACCAAGAAAAAGAAGACCAAGACCAAGAAAAAGAAGACCAAGACCAAGAAAAAGAAGACCAAGACCAAGAAAAAGAAGACCAAGACCAAGAAAAAGAAGACCAAGACCAAGAAAAAGAAGACCAAGACCAAGAAAAAGAAGACCAAGACCAAGAAAAAGAAGACCAAGACCAAGAAAAAGAAGACCAAGACCAAGAAAAAGAAGACCAAGACCAAGAAAAAGAAGACCAAGACCAAGAAAAAGAAGACCAAGACCAAGAAAAAGAAGACCAAGACCAAGAAAAAGAAGACCAAGACCAAGAAAAAGAAGACCAAGACCAAGAAAAAGAAGACCAAGACCAAGAAAAAGAAGACCAAGACCAAGAAAAAGAAGACCAAGACCAAGAAAAAGAAGACCAAGACCAAGAAAAAGAAGACCAAGACCAAGAAAAAGAAGACCAAGACCAAGAAAAAGAAGACCAAGACCAAGAAAAAGAAGACCAAGACCAAGAAAAAGAAGACCAAGACCAAGAAAAAGAAGACCAAGACCAAGAAAAAGAAGACCAAGACCAAGAAAAAGAAGACCAAGACCAAGAAAAAGAAGACCAAGACCAAGAAAAAGAAGACCAAGACCAAGAAAAAGAAGACCAAGACCAAGAAAAAGAAGACCAAGACCAAGAAAAAGAAGACCAAGAAAAAGAAGACCAAGAAAAAGAAGACCAAGAAAAAGAAGACCAAGAAAAAGAAGACCAAGAAAAAGAAGACCAAGACCAAGAAAAAGAAGACCAAGACCAAGAAAAAGAAGACCAAGACCAAGAAAAAGAAGACCAAGACCAAGAAAAAGAAGACCAAGACCAAGAAAAAGAAGACCAAGAAAAAGAAGCUCUUACAUCCCUGCUCGCGGUCCCGACCAGCCUAUUUCCUUCGCACCUUCUAA